AUGGCGCUCACGCACUCCUUCUCGAAGCUCUUCAAAGAUCUGGGCCUCCACCCACGGUCGGUCAGCACGGCCUUCGGCUGCAGGGUCAACCUGGCCAUCUGCCUGCAGGGAACGUCAGGACCGGACCCGACCACCGUGUACGUGGACAUGCGAGCGUUACGCCAUGACAGGGUCCGGUUGGUGGAGAGAGGCUCUCCUCACAGUCUGCCUCUCAUGGAGUCUGGAAAGAUUCUGCCAGGAGUUCGUAUCAUCAUCGCCAACCCGGAGACCAAAGGACCGCUGGGAGACUCACACCUUGGAGAGAUCUGGGUCCACAGUGCUCAUAACGGCAGCGGAUACUACAGCGGAUACGGUGAGGAGCUCCUUCAGUCGGACCACUUCAACUCCAGACUUAGUUUUGGAGACACGCAGACGGUUUGGGCCCGGACGGGUUACCUGGGCUUCCUGCGCCGCACUGAGCUCACUGACGCCAACGGAGAGAGACAUGACGCUCUGUUUGUGGUCGGAGCGCUGGAGGAGGCCAUGGAGCUGCGGGGCAUGAGGUACCACCCCAUCGACAUUGAGACCUCCGUCAUCCGUGCACACAAGAGCAUCAUGGAGUGUGCGGUGUUCACCUGGACCAACCUGCUGGUGGUGGUGGUGGAGCUGGAGGGCUCUGAGCAGGAAGCCCUGGACCUGGUUCCCAUGGUGACCAAGGCAGUGCUGGAGGAGCACUACCUGAUUGUGGGCGUCGUCGUGGUGACGGACAUUGGCGUCAUCCCCAUCAACUCGCGUGGCGAGAAGCAGCGAAUGCACCUGCGCGACGGCUUCUUACAAGACCAGCUAGACCCCAUCUAUGUGGCCUACAACAUGUAGCCUGAGAGUGUGUGUGUGUGU